AUGGAAAGUGAAGAUAAAGACUGUAGUAUAACGAAACAAUGUAACUCGUCAUCAGAAAGUAACUCUUCCUCAGGAGGUAAAGAAACUGAUUGCAAGUCAUCAGACAGUUGCGACAGUUCAUCCGAAAGUAAAGAGAAAAGCUGUAUAGGUUCAAAAAUCUGUGACGAAUCUGCCGAAACUAAGGACUUAGAAAGCAAACAUAUGAGCUGCGAAGACCCAACAAGUUGUGCCAUUUCAUUAGAAAGUAAUUCACACGAAUGUAUACUGUCGAAAAAUUGCGAUUCCUCAUCAGAAAUUGAAGAACAAGAAUGUAAAUCAUCACAGAGCUGCCAUAGUUCAUCAGAAGGUAAUGAAUACUCCUGCGAAAAAUCUAAAUCAUGCGGCAGCCAUGAUAAAGAAUGUGACUCGUCUACGGAAAGUAAAGAAUUCAGCUGCAAUUACAACUCUACAGAAAAAACACCAACUGCAACUUCAGUAACCGAACAUAAUCCUACCCCACAAACAACUAAGAAAUUGACGGAACUGUCAACCGAAAUUCAUCUCACAACACUUCGCCAGACAACUGGCUCUGGAAUCUCAACGACAAAAAAAUCUAUAGAAGAGUUGUCAACUGAAACACCUUUGAUAACAAUUCCAAAAACAACCGGCUCAGGAAAGGUAGAAACUACAAGAUCUGGAAUGUCUAUAACAGAAGAAUCUUCAGAGGAAUUGUCAACUGAAACACCUUUGACCACAAUUUUACAGGCAACUGGAAAAGGUGAUGUAGAAAGUACUAGUUUUGAAACAGAAGAAUCUACGGAAGAGUUGUCAACUUAUACACCUUUGACCACUAUUCCACAGACAACUGGCUCAGGUGAUGUAAAAACUACUAUAUCUGAAAUGAUUACAACAGAAGAGAUUACAACUGAAAUACCUUUGACAACAAUUCGACAGACAACUGCCUCAGGUGAUGUAGAAACUACUGUAUCUGGAAUGUCUACGACAGGAGAGUUGUCAACUGAAAAACCUUUGACCACAAUUACUCAGACAACUGGCACAGGUGAUAUAGAAACUAGUGUAUCUAGAAUGUCUACGACAAGAGAGUUGUCAACUGAAACACCUUUAACCAGAAUUCCACAGACAACCGGCCCAGGUGAUGUAGAGACUACAAGAUCUGGAAUGUCUACGACAGAGGAAUAUUCAGAAGAGUUGUCAACUGAAACACCUUUGACCACAAUUCCACAGAUGUCUGGCCGAAGUGAUGUAGAAACUACCAGAUCUAGAAUGUCUACGAUAGAAAUAUCUACUGAAGAGUUGUCAACUGAAACUCCUUUGACCACAACUGGUAUGUCUACGACAAAAUUAUCUACACAAGAGUUGUCAACUGAAACACCUUUGACUACAAUUGCACAAAUAACUGGCUCAGGUGAUGUAGAAACUACCAGAUCUGGAAUGUCUACGACAGAGGAAUAUUCAGAGGAGUUGUCAACUAAAACACCUCUGACCACAAUUCCACAGACUUCUGGCCGAGGUGAUGUAGAAACUACUAUAUCUGGAAUGUCUACUACAAAAGAGUUGUCAACUGAAACACCUUUGACCACAAUUCCAAAGACAACUGGCUCAGGUGAUGUAGAAACUACCAGAUCUGAAAUGUCUACGAUAGAAAUAUCUACAGAAGAGUUGUCAACUGAAACACCUUUGAUCACAAUUCCACAGACGUCUGGCCGAGGUGAUGAAAAAACUACUAUAUCUAGAAUGCCUACGACAGAAGAGUUGUCAACUGUAACACCUUUGACCAGAAUUCCAAAGACAACUGGCUCUGGCGAUGGAGAAACUACAAGUUCUGGAAUGUCUCCGACGGAGGAAUCUUCAGAAGAGUUGUCAACUGAAGCAUCAUUGAUCACAAUUCCACAGACAACUGGCUUUGGUGAUGUAGAAACUACCACACCUGAAAUGUCUACGGCAAAGGAAUCUUCAGAAAAGUUGACAACUAAAAUACCUUUAACCACAAUUCCACAGGCAACUGGCUCUGGUGAUGAAGUAACUACAAUUUCUGGAAUGUCAACGACAGACAAAUCUACAGAAGAGUUGUUAACUGAAACACCUUUGACCAGAAUUCCACAGACAACUGGCUUUGAUGUUGUAGAAACUACAACAUCUGUUAUAUCUACGACAGAAAAAUCUACAGAAGAGUUGUCAACUGAAACACCUUUGACCACAAUUUCACAGACAACUGGACCAGGUGAUAGUUGUCAACUGAAACACCUUUGA